GUUCACGCAGUUCCAGCGCCUGACACCUCAAUUUCGUGGUCCGACACUUAUCUCAUAUUCUGUCGAGCCUCGUGUGUUUAUCCAAAUCAUUGAUAGACGGGCUGAAUGGCAUCCCACACCCAUGAACCCGAUCCUAUGCCUACCCUGGUACUCCUAAUCCUUUGGUGACCUAUCAUCCAGCGCGUUCUCCCACUUUCAGAGUGACAAGAUGGGCCCUCUAAGAAACGCGCAAGCAAGGACGCGUCCGCGCAGAGAUGCUGCCAGACCCUCUUCCGUGUUCCUCGAUUCUGAUCUUGACGAGUUGGCCGACUUUCACGAUGUCGAACCCCCUGCCAAACGAAUUCGAACGGUGCGAAGAGUACAAGACUCUCCCAAGUGGACUCCUGGUGGCCGAGGGGAAGAUGGAAGGCAUGCAGAAAAUGAGCGCACCAGAACACCCCGUGCCAACAUCGAAUUCACAACUCCACGCAGUCGACGUGUGAGAACAGAUCGAAGAAGAACAACGGGCACAGGUGCCAGAACGUCCGCGAGGAGUACAACCCGUGGUGGAACACGGCCUCGUUACAGCACAGCUGCGGCUGCUUCCGCCGCUGUCACGCAUGGUGACGGCUACAAACCUAGAGAGGAGAGAGGGUGGGAGGAGUUUCACCCUGAUCUAGAUCUAGAAGCAGAUUUCGCAGUCAUUCCUUCCGAGGACGUGGACGGUACGAACAAGACGUCAAUAGACAAUGGCCUUGGCUCUGAAGCUGUGUCGGUGUCGAGUCAACCCCAAGUCGCUCCAAUCGCUACACCUCCUCGCAGGAAGGCUGGAAGGCCCGUCCGCAACCCAAAUGCUAUGGUACACGCCCUUCUCACACCGGAGGCCCCUAAAUAUGUUCCGCCGCCUGGACCCAACCCUAGGGAGCGUCUGACGCUACCGAAGCCUUCAUACAGAAGCCUGGAUGCAUUUUUGACCUAUGAACAAGGCGAAACCGCGCAGAUGGAUUUUGUGGACAAAUCUAUGGCCAAUGUUGGAUACCAAGAAAGCGAAAUCUUCACACGACCGGAACGGACACACAUCAGACAAACAGAAGGAUCCGCCGAAGAAGAUCUCGACCUCAGCCCGGACCUCAUCACUAACGGUGAGAAUUCGGCAAUCGGGAGCAGCGGUGUUGGUCGUGUUGAGUAUGACAUGGACGAGCAAGAUGUGAAGUGGUUGGAUAAUUUCAACAAAGGCCGUUCUAGAGACGGAAUCCAAAUCAUCAAACCCGCGAUUUUUGAGAUCACCAUGACCAAGAUCGAGAAGGAAUGGCAUGCGCUCGAAAAGAGAAUUCCCAAGCCCAACCCAAAGGCACCGCAAACGCAGCGUCCCCGCUCCAGCUCUGCCGCAGCUGUUAAUGGAGAGCCUGCUGGUGAAGAGCCUGACAGCAAAUGCGCCAUCUGUGACGACGGUGACUGCGAGAAUGCCAACGCUAUUGUCUUCUGCGAUGGUUGUGACCUUGCAGUUCAUCAAGAGUGUUAUGGCGUGCCUUACAUUCCAGAGGGGCAGUGGUUGUGCCGCAAAUGUCAAUUGGUGGGCAAUUCGCGACCAAGCUGUAUAUUCUGCCCCAACGAGGGAGGCGCUUUCAAACAAACCAAUAACUCCAAAUGGGCACACUUGUUCUGUGCGACAUGGAUACCUGAAGUUACUAUUGGGAACCCUUCGCUGAUGGAGCCAAUAACUGAUGUCGAGAAAGUACCGUCGAGCCGAUGGCGGCUCACGUGCUAUAUAUGCAAGCAAGGGAUGGGUGCGUCUAUCCAAUGUAGUGACGGCCGAUGUUACGAAGCAUUCCACCUCACAUGCGCUCGGCAAGGUGGUCUUUACCUGAAGAUGAAGACUGGCGGAGGUUCGAACACCUUGAUGGACCCAUCGCAUCUGAGGGCAUACUGCCAUCGCCACACGCCAUCAGAUUGGAAGCAAGAACACAACACUGACCGGGCCUUUGAAGAGGCUACCAAGUACUUCAAAGAACACUUCCGUGGCCAGAUUUGGGCUGACAGCCGGGCCUCGGCGCUCGCUAUCAACGAUGUGUCAGAAAUUCCUGCUGCAGACAAAGGCCCUCAGAAGAUAAUCCUGACCAACAAAAAGGGUCAGAAGCCGAAAACAAUCUGGCGACUUCCUUCGGGCGCUCCAGUAAUACCAGAAGUCAUCCUCAAAUCGAUCGAAGAGUCGUUGGUCCGUUUCACCGUGCAAAAGAAGAAAGAGUACGUAUCGGAAGUGUGCAAAUACUGGACCUUGAAAAGAGAGGCACGCAGAGGCGCUGCUUUACUCAAACGUUUGCAGCUGCAAAUGGACACAUUCAGCUCCUUUGAAGUCACUCGUCGCGACUACAAAGCGCAAGGUGCAGCUGGUCGGGCGAGGCUAGAGCGACGGAUUGAGUUUGCCGAAAAGCUGGCAAAGGACAUGGAGAGGCUUGUGCAAUUAUGUGCGCUGGUAAAGGAGCGUGAAGAAAUGAAGUGGAAGGAUGCUCUUCUCCUCAAAGAUGUCAUCGACACUGUCUACUUUCCCGUGCCCCAUCUACUGGAGCCGAUCAUCGAGAAAGCGCUCAAAUUUGAUAAGGGGCUUUUCCGUGAGGGUCUUCUCCGCCUCCGCUCACUAGUGCUCCAGAAGCAGCAUCUAUCAGUGGCAAGCUUUUCCAGCGAAAUGGUACAGGUCAUCAAUGCUCAGUUCGGCAACAGUGCAUCCAGCAUAGCCGAACUGAUAACACUGGUCAGUGGCCGUGCUGAAGACAUGAAACCGGAGGAAAGAGACCGCCGCACUUUGGCGCGUCGCAUAGUCAAAGCUAUCGAACCGCUGAUCGAAGAUGCGGCACGCAAGGAGGCUGAGUUGAAUGGGCGGCCAUUUGCACAACAGAUGCGCGAGAUGGACGAAGCCUUGAUUUCACGCCGAGGCUCGUUGCCUGAAUUCCUGACGAUGCCGACCAUGGACACUGUGGAGGCAAAACACGAAAACGGGAUUGCGAGCCCUGCUGACGGGGAUAUCGAGAUGGGCGAAUCAAUGGUUGUCGUGGGUGACGUGGCAUCUAGCUUGCCGGUCCCAACUUUACUGGAUGCAAACCCUGGGAAACCACUUGGAAUCAAACAUGACAAUGUGGUCGCUGAGCAUGGCCUUCUUUCCGUCAACACUCCACCGGCAUCGACUAAUGGCUUCAAGGCAGAACAACACGCUGAAGAUAUGGCCAUGCAAAGGCAACCGUUGGAGCCCCCCACACCACCUAUGAGUCUGGAAGGUCAUGUCCAGACACUGCCCAGCCAGGGAGGCAUUCCGUGGUAUGUGGCUCAAUUCGAUCCGGAAGGAAUCACGGUGUUUGAAGAACGCUGGACAGGACCGGACAUACUUCGUGACAUGAGCGAGGAACUUAGUGAGAUGGACGAAGAAGAACUUGAAGGUCUAGGCCCGAGCGAUGAUAUGUCCGAUGGGGCCAACAGUACAAUUGUGGUGGAGGAUGGUCACUUUUACAACGCUAACUCAAGCACGAAGAAGGCUGGUCGACGGGGAGCCAGGAGAGGAAAGCCCUCGACUGAUUGGGGUACGCGAUCAUUCCGAACACGACGGUGAGUCGGUUUCGUUGGGUUACACGGGUGUAUUCUUGAUUAGCAUGCCUGUAGUCUUGGGACGAGACAAGCUCAUCGAUCAGUCGGAUCCACUCAAGACAGGGCCAAUGAAGCUGAAGUUGUUGUUUGAUGUCCGAACUGUUAGAGCCUGAUAACUUGGGCGUAGGUACUACGAAGUACAGUAAUAUGCAUCACUCCUGUGCCUUUAGCACCCCUGGUUAUGAGGGGUCCGUUGGCAUGGAGCCCGGAAUCUGUUCUGGAU